UAGAGCCUAUCCGGAUAUUCCAACCCAAAAUAGAUAUUCUACACUAGCGAUAUCUGGACCGCAAGUUAUCGAAGAGACUGUCGAAGCCAUUCAGAGGCAAGCCAGUGGGCAAGGAUCGCAAGCUAUUGAAGUAGAAGAGCCUGUCGAAGCUAUCCAGAGCCAAGCCAGUGGACAAGGUCAAACAUCAACAUCAACACAAGACGUCGAUAAGUCGAGCGAUAAACCGAAAUCAGUUUUGAUUAUUGGAGACUCCAUAAUUAAGCACAUAGACCCCCGAAAACUCUCCAAAAAGACAGUCUAUAAGCGGUCGUUUCCAGGUAAAAGAGUCGAAGAAAUACAUGAUGAAAUAGACAAUAUACAAAUGAACGAUGAACUAUCAUAUGUAAUUAUUCAUGUAGGUACGAAUAAUCUAUCAUCCGAAAGCGUAGACUCAUGUGUUCGAAAAAUACAAAAGCUGGCUUUGAAGACUCGCAGAAAAUUUCAAAAUUCAAAGAUUGGCAUCUCCAGCAUUAUACAUAGAGAUGAUAUCAAUGUGUCGGCAAAGUUAUCUGCAGUCAAUGGAAAGUUAAAGGAGAUGGCUAACAAUGAUGACUUUGUUUUUAUUGACAAUUCGCGUAUUGAUUGAACAUGCCUCAACGGCAGCAAACUACAUUUGAACGCAAAGGGAUCGGCUUAUUUAGCCAAUAAUUUUAUAAAAUUUAUUAGGCCAUUGGGAAAACGAGCGAAGCUGCAAACGGGUUUUUUAAACUCAAUACAUCAGCUGGGACAACUACUAACCCAGCUAACAACCCAACCAACGACAAUUCCACUAUACAAGAAACCUCGCCGUUAGAUGUUGGGAAUGACAAUUCAGGUAAAGCAUGCCGUGGUCCAACAAUGGGUGAGUUUGAUUCUUCAUUGCAUUGCGUCGCUAGAUUAAAAGGCCUAAAAAUUGCUAGUAUAAAUGUCAAUAGCUUAUUGAAACACAUUGAGGAAAUUAGGCAUCUGUUAUUUAAAUUUCCCUUCGAUAUUUUUGCUAUUAAUGAAUCCAAAAUAGAUGAUUCUGUAAUGGAUGGGGAAAUAAGUAUCCCUGGUUUUAACUUGAUAAGAAAGGAACGUAAUAGGGCAGGAGGCGGUGUGGUGUUGUAUAUCAGAGACAACCUAUCCUAUUUGGAUAGGAAUGACUUGGUGCCCGAUCGUAUUGAGAUGCUGUGUACUGAAAUUACUCGCCCCUUUAGCAAGUCGCUUUUUGUCUGCACAUGGUAUAGGCCUCCGAAGUCAAACUUGAGCUUAUUUAAUGAUUGUGAUGUAUUUUUUCAAAAAUGCGAGUCUAAAAAUAAGGAAUUGAUUAUAAUUGGUGAUAUUAACUGCGAUGUUAUGAAAACCUCACCAGAUGCCCAUACACGACAAUUAAACUUUUUGUGUUCUCUUUAUCAACUUGACCAAUUAAUUAAUAAACCUACAAGAGAGACCAACACCUCGGCGACCUUGAUUUAUUUGGUCUUAACUAAUGCUAAAGAAAACAUUUCGACGUCUGGUGUAAUAGAUCUGGGGAUGUCUGACCAUAGUUUGAUUUAUGUGGUCAGGAAGUUCACCCUUCCUAAACUUAAACCUAAUGUGAAAGAAGUUAGGGAUUAUAAACAUUUUAAUGCUGAAUAUUUUAUUGGGGAUUUAGCCAGAAUGCCUUGGCAUGUAAUUAAUCAAUAUAAUAAUCCCAACGAAUGCUGGAGGGAUGGAAAUCUUUCUUUAAUGAGAUAUUAAAUAUACAUGCGCCGAUUCGACAUAAGCGAGUAAAGGGGAACUCGGUCCCAUGGAUACUCCGGAAAUUAAAUGUAUGAUGAGAAACAGAGACUAUUAUAAAAAAUAUGCAAUAAAACAUUCCUCACAGCCACAUUGGGAAAGUUUUCAAUUUCUGCUGAAUAAAGUGAAUGUUGAAAUGCGAAAUGUAAAAUCAAAAUAUUUUCAUGAUAAAAUCACUGAUUGCUCUGUAAUGAAUGACCCUAAAAAGACUUGGAAAUUAAUUAAUUCAUGAUUGGGAAAGAAUAACAAAUCCAACAAUGUGAAUGAGCUGCUGGUUGACAGCACGUUAAGGCCGGCGCACACUGGAGCUAUGUGCUUAGCCAAAUUUCAUUCGUGGCCAUUGGCGUAAGGAGAUAGCUCUCGUGUGCGGGCGAUUUACGAACAACUUUUGUCAUUCGUGCCACUUACGCCAAAUAUCAAACAUGUUUGAUAAUUUCUGCCUCGCGUGCCAAAAUCUUUCCGUGUGCGGCGAACGAAAGCCUUUUGCUUACGGAUUGUCUUAACAGCGCAUGCGUGGUAUACGAAAGUAAACAUCCAAGAUGGCGGCGCAAAAUGAAUUGCUGGCCGAGGCAAGGCGUUCUCCAGGUAAUACUGUUGUUAAUGAAUUAAAAUUUAAUGAUACAAAAAUUACCUCACCUGAAGAAAUUGCCAAUGCUUUUAAUACAUAUUUUACUGACAUUGGCCCUAACUUAGCUUGUUCUAUUGAUGAUACUGACAUUACGUUUGAUCGUUUCGUCAAACCAGCUACAUCAAAAAUGACACGCUUUAAGUUAGUUUCUCAUACUAAAGUAGUCAAGCUUCUCAGUGGUUUAUCCAAUUCGAAAGCAACUGGUCUUGAUAAAAUAUCUGGAAAGAUUUUAAAAGCUGCAGCCCCUACUAUUGCCUUAUCACUCACACACAUCUUUAAUCAUGCUAUCAUAACAAGCUGUUUCCAUAUGAAUGGAAAGCUGCUAGACUUCUACCACUUCAUAAAAAGGGUCCACGAGAUCUCCCAGAAAACUAUAGGCCAAUCUCAAUCUUACCUGAAAUAA